CCGAACGAGGACCAGCGCAGCAGACUGGGAACGUCAGAGUGCCCUCCGACUUCGUCGCGUACGCAUCCCUCCUGCCUGCUCGAUCGCGAACGCAAUCGCGAGUCGUCAUCGCGAGUCAUCAGCGCGAGUUAUCAUCGCGAAUCGAGUUUCACGAUUUCGCGCAUCGGAAGCAACGCUGCGUCUCUCGUUCGUGAGCGCGAUUGUGUCUCUGUGUCCGUCCGAGGGAACUCACGACUCGCAACUCGCCACGAAGAGCAAAACGGAAAUUGAAAACGACGACGCGAGCCGGGACCGAGAGACACUCCGAACUUCAUCUCGCGCGGAAUUGUGCGGAAUUCUCGUCGGCGAGGCGAGCUCCCGGCUUCCCUCGAUUAUAUCAUCACCGAGUUUCUGCCCGCUUCUCGGGAAUUAUCCUCCAGGAUUCGUUGGCAGAGACAUCCGGUCUGACUAUCGGAGAUUCUACUACUGAGUGCCGCAGAAGAUAGUCCUCGGACAGUCGCGUCUUUUUCAGUCUCCCCUUCCACGAGUGUUUGCAGGAGAGAAAAAGAAUCGUCGGCAGUGAUCGUCGCAUUGCUCGCUCGUUAAUCAAUCACGCAGUAGCAGGGAUCUAUCGUGACACAGUGUAUUUCGCAGUUCUCGUUCGAGUAAAAAGCGAGAGAUCGAUAGAUCCUCCGAGGAUCUAGGAUGGACACCUGGGAGAAGCGGCGCUCGUAGAUUUCCCACGUGGGCACCGUUUUUGAGCGCGUGAUACUCUGAUUAUUGCUGGUAAUCACGCGGAAAAGCGACAUCGAAAGUACACUGAAAAAUCGUGAAAAAUCGUAGCGAUUGGGCACGAUGCGCUGAAGAGGCAUCACGGACCAGAAGUGGGUACGGUCCAGGCGCGCUGGACGCCUUCAAUUAAAUCGUUUCAGCAUCGAGUGCGGAACGGUCAGAUAAUAAUAGCACUAGGACGAGUAAAAGAGAGAGGGAAAAGAGAGCAAGACAGAGACGGCGUGGAGUCGCGUGACUCGAUUGAUUUGGAAAUAUUACGACAAAUAUCGCGAUGCUGCUGCGAAGAAGCGUUUUAUUAUCUUCAUAGAAAACUGGGACGUCACGUAUAUACGCGCAUGAGAAAACCAACUGGACCAGCUUGAAAUAGCACUCGAAGAGGGGAUGUUGACUGUGGGAAGGCACGUAUAAUUGACAAAUACUCGUAGGGAUUUUCUUAACAUAUAGCAGAGCCGAUGGUAGCGGAUACGGCCGAACGGAUGCAUACCUGCGUGGAAAAUUAACGUCCUAGAGUGAUACAUACGAGUACGAAAGUUGAAAUUUUGACAUCCUCGCGAGGCUGGGAGCCACCGCAUUAAUUGCCCGUCGUAAUUGGGGUUUGUAAGGAUCGCGCUUAAUUAGUUCGGGUCAACGUGAACGAUGAAGUGGUGCGUGCUUGUGUUGGUGUUCGCUGGUCUGAGUAAGGGCGAUAACGCCAUCAAUACGGACAUUUUCAACUGCCCGGAACUCAAUUCUCAAGAAGACCUCGACCUCGACAAGAUAAUGGGCAAGUGGUAUGUCGUGGAGGUGCUGGAGCACAGAAUCGACCCGCUGAAACCAAUGAGCGGCUCGUAUAUUAUCGACUCGUGCCCGAUUGUAACUUUGAGGCCGUUAGACCAUGCUUCCUUGAGGCUCUUGUGGAGCGAGGAUGCUGGAAAUCUGGAGUACGUCUUCCGAAUACCAGAUAUCGUCAGAAGAAAGGGCUUAUGGCGAACCAUGACUUCACAGAAUGGUACCUUGGCGGAGAAGCAGUACAAGCAGUUCACCGGCAGUGUGCACGUAAUGAAGGCCGUCGCGUCGGACAUGGUGUUGACUUUCUGUUCACGGAGCCCCAACAGCCAACUCUACUCGCUGCUACUGUCGCGCGAGCACAUCCUGCAGAAGAGCGACAAACGAGGCGUUCACAAUCUGCUGGGACGUCGCGGCCUCAAGAUCGUCAGCAUCCGAGAGACUUGCGUAAACGGCGGGGCCGGAUCCAGACGUGGUGCGCUCGAUCUCGCCGCUUGGACGACCCUCGUCGGCCUUCUCUCGUCGAGCUUCCUCCUCAGGCCCUGGCAGUGGUGAAUCAGAUGGACGAUCGAUCCUGAGAGACGCGAUCGUUGCUUGCGCUCGAGCGUCUCCGUUUGUCUUCGGCUAAUUAGCGUGAUUGUUAACACUUUGGAUGCCGUGCACGAGUAAUCUCAAACAUCGUCAGAUACGAAGAUUCGGCGACUACGUUGGAUGUUGUCCUGUUAUGUAUAUUUUCGUAAAAUGCGUUUGUUAAAUCGGGAUAAUCAAUUAUCAUUUUUUCGGGUAAUUAUUCUCAUUGCAAAAUCCAUAUUUUUGGGAAAUUUUUAUUAAGUUUAUAUAAAGUAAAUUAUUUUAAUUAACACCUGCAACCUGCAAAGAAUAUGAAAUAUUAGAAGGACGAUGGUUUGAAUCUCUAAAAAACUAAAACAAUGACCAAUAUAAUUGUCAAGUUGAACAUUAUACAUCUUUUUCGUUUUAGGAUGAACGCGCUUUCAAGCAUUUGUUAUGUAAUAAAAUCAAGAAUAAGUUUUGGAAACACAAAGUUCCGCAUCCAAGGAGUUAAACUUACAUGGCACCGCGACGGGCGCUCAUUGACAUCGAACAAUUUCUUCUACAAUUAACUUAACGUCGUUUAUCACGCAUACUCUCGAUCAGCAUCACGGAAAACGGAAUUGCGAUUUGGAUGCGCAGCGCGUUCCCGGUCCAAAGUAAUCACGUAGAACGAGCGUACUUCCUCGACGAGAUUUGCGAUUCGGCGGCUCCGACAAACGACCCUAAGAGGAUCAGAUCGCGCGGAACAGGGAUCGAGAGCGGGAACAUCGAUAUCAUUUGCCGGCCGCGACUCUUACGAACCUCCUUCCGCUAAGCGUAGAUCCGCCCGGAUCGCGUCGGCCACUCGAAUAUUUUUCAGCGACGUUCCCGUCGUUUGUUCCCGCCCGAGAAUGAAUUACCCAUUAGGCGAUCUCUCUUCUCCGGGCACGGUGACAUCGUCACGCUUUUCUCCGCUCUCCGUGAAGUUUUUAAUCAAAGGUGCUUUGUAGCGAACACAUGGAAACGCAAGCGCGCGUAUAAAAAAGUUCUCCGCGUAAAUAUGUUUAUCCGUGCCGCGGUCGCGGAUGAAGCAUGUGCAACACGGAGUGAAUUUUUCCUUUUUUUUCCUCUCAUCGUGCGGCAUCUUGGGUUGCACGUUGAUGUUUUUCUCGCAACGCGCAUCCACCAACCCCGGAGGUGGCGUAUGCCGACUGUGAAUCAGAUUUGACGCUUCUCUGUCGCACGCGCGAUUUAAUUACAUUUACACCGUAUGGAACUAACAAACAAUCGUUCUCCCACUCGAACACGUUACUUUUUGUACAUAACGCGUUACUUUCCGCCUCGCGGUCGACAGUCGCGGGACUGAAGUUUGCGCGAGCGAAGAGUUCGUCGUGAGAAUCGCAAAAAGACCAGAAGAAAAAAGAAAGGUACUCGCAAAGUUUGAGCGAACUUGUUAAGAUCACCCCGUCUGUGCUUAGCGGCCGCUGCAAAAAGCGCGCGGUUCCUUUAAUGGCGCAAAUCCCCAAGAAAUCCGUAACACAGAAGGGGGGAAGAUUAAGAAUGACGGAAUAUCGGAAUCUUGCGCGAGUACCGCUCUGAGGAUUUUCCGCAAAUACUUUUCCGAUAUCGGGGAGACGUGCACCCCCGGCGCGGGCGUCCCUUUGACCACGCUGGAUAUUCGAGCGGCACUAACGCUCCCUUCUCUUCUGCUUCACCCCCGUGUUUCCGCGCAUCCUGCUCUUAUAUACUUGUCCGUCAGGAAAGUUCCCUCGAAUUGCUUUAUCGCGGGGGAGCAUCUCGAUGCUCGACUCGUGCCCCGCAGAUAAGAGCGCGGAUUACGUGAAGAGGAAUAGUGGCGGUGGUGAACCACCGAGGGACACAGGGAGCGGCCGUGCUCGUGUUCGUGCUACGUGUGCCUGCGUCAAAUCCGACAGAGAGGAUGUGCUCUCCCGACGAUUUCGAGUACCAACCGACGCGGCAGCAACCUCAUGCAGAUCGCGGAACUGUCUGGUGAUAAUGCCGUACCACGGAGCAACGUGCAAAGAGUUUCCGCGCGAGAUUCACUCGUGCUUCUCUUCCGUAUAUGGGGAUUCUCCGUAUAUGGGGUGUUUUGAAGAAAGAGAUCCGGAGGACGUGCAGGCGCAAAAUAUAUUCGCAAUCAGUGUUCCGUUCUUUAAACAGCUUUCAUGGAUGGAUAAACAAUUAAAUAUAAAAAUGAUACAUGCUGAUAAUGAUAUACGAAUAAUGAAAUCAUUUAUUUAAAAUUUCCAGGAUUUGGUUUUUUGAAUUAGGAAUCAACUAAAAUGACUGAUACAACAAUACAUAAGUAAUAGUUUGAGAUUUUUAGGAAAUAAAACUACGCGCUAUCGAAUCUUGUAAGGAGUUUUAUAAUAUUUAUAUACCUCAAUGGGUUAUAUAGAGCAGCAUCAGUAAAUAACAUCGAUAUCGAUUUUACAGUUUGUUGAGACUUUCCUUUACAGCCGGGUGAGUGCCGUGCGUCUCGAGAGUUUGCAAGACUCUUCUUCAAGACACCGCGUAUUAUCCCGCUCCACCUCUGGGUCACGUAGAGCUGUCGCGAUUGUCGCGACGUCGUCGCGUUUGGCAUCGUCUUCCUUUCUUGCGUAACGAACUCAUCGAAAUCUUCACGUUCGCGCCUGGAAUUUCCGAACGCACGCAAACAGGUAACAAUUUCAAAUUUCUUUUCGGAAAUCUUUACCGAUUACAGUAAUUUAUUGAUCCAGUUCGUCGAAAGAAAGCACGAAGCGCCUCACACGUUUUUUACAUAAUUACUAAAUAUACGCUAUUAAGAAACCAACGACAUGGUAAUGGUAAUUAUAAUUAUAUUCUAAUGGUAAUUAUAUAUCGCCUUUUUCAUUGGCAAAUUCUCGCACAAGUGUAUCGCCACAUCUCUAACGCUUUAAGGAAAGAAAAAUAUGUUCCUCGCUUUGAGACAUUUCUACGUACGCGUUAUUGAGAAUCGACGAAAAUCGCUUAGGACCGGAACAACCACGUUGCGCAUGGUAUAUUUACGAUAGGCAAUUGUAAUUUUGGCCAAAGUUUCGAAAAAGUUCUCGCCUCGCCGUCGAAUUUAGUUAGUACGCCUUUCUCUGAGAUCAAGAGCGGAAUUUUUGAAUAGCGCGAUCUGAAAUAGAUCAGAUGAAGUUACAUAAAUAUUUUACCGGAUACUUUUAUUAUUGGCAAAUUUCUCAAAUUAACACGAGCCAGGCAUUUUUCGAGACUUUGCUUGUAAUUUUAAGCAAACAUUCUGAGUGUGUUCAAUAUGAAUGAAUCACAAGCCGCGUGAGUGAUCUGUUUUUUUCUUUGCAAAACUUAAUUAUCGAAAUUUCAAAUCGAAUAUUCUUUUAUCGCGUCAACGCUUUAGAAAAUAAAAUUCUAAUUUGAAUAUCUGAGAACGAUUUCACAGAGUUUCACUUAUACGUGGCUUUUGAUCCCAUCGACUCAAGUAAUCACGCAUGAAAGAUUUGUGUCUCUGGAAACUGUACGAAACUUUCGUGAGCUCGAGACACGUUAGAUAGAGAUGCAUGUCACACGUGUUUCCGUUAGCGAGUGUAAAAUGACAAUAGGAGGUGUCAGCGGUCAAGCUGAUUCUGAAAGGAUGGGAUAGGUAACGAAUCGUCACGUUUUAUUGUUAAAGUAUAAAAACUACCAAAGAGAGAACCAAAUAUGGCGUGAUAUCAAUGUACCGUGACAAUUUCAUAUUCAAUCUGCAAUUUUCGAAUGUUGUCUCUUCAGUCGUCUAGAAAUAAGAAUUAUCGAUAAGCUAUUUCUCGACGUAAUCAAGCUGUAUAAUUUCUCGUUAGCGUAUAACACAAGUUUUAUGAUUAAUUUAAAUUUCGUUAUUUCUUUCGAAUAGAUUGAUAUGCAAAGUCAUACAAAUUGUAAGAGAAAUGAUAUUUUAACCUAAUUAUGAAAAACAUUGUUACGUCUGAAACUUUACUACAUCAUUUCAGAUUAAAUAAUUAUUUUAUUUCGAAAUAUAAGAAGCGGAAUAUAUAAAAUAAUCAUAUUUAUUAUUUUAUAUAUAACUUUAUUGUUUUAUAUAUAACUCUAUAGUAAAUUUAUAUCGCUAAUUAUCGAGAUGUCGUUAUUACUAGAAAAAGUUUAUUAUACAAUGAUGUAGUUGUUAAAGUAAUCAUAUUUAUAUAUAUAUAUAUAUUUAAAUGCAAAUAGACGAUAUUAAAAUGCGAAGUGAUUAUGAUUAAAUUCAUAUAUUAUAAUGAUCACACAGAGAUGCUGCAUUCCUUAUAAACUUCGAUAAGUCUGAUAAACUACUCGAAUGUUUGUAAAAUUGCCGAAGACACGUAUUCGAGAAACAUAAUUUAUUAAAACCACGAACCAAUAUCGAGACUAAAAACAGAAAGACUAAAACCUCUCAGUUGUAAUCUCAUUUCAGGAGAUUCGCUUUAACGUUACUGUGACGGAAAUGAGACUGUAAGAUAAUCCAUGCGUAUCGAUAUAGGCAAAUUCCGUCACAAACAUUGAGGAAUCAUCGUAAUAAUUAAUAUAACGAAGCCGUCACGUUAACUGUUAUAAAUUAAUAUCACAGCUGCACGAUUGCACGCGCGUUGCCGCAGCGGUAGCGGGUAAACAAUUAAAGCUCGCUAUGCGGGACGCGAUUAAGUCCGGUUACGGCUCGAUAGCUCGAUGGCGGUGCUGAAGGAGACUCGGCUUAUCGAUCCUCGUGCUCGAGAGCAGCUCCGAGGGCCCACCGUUGUUUCCAUAACGCCGUGACAUUAUGCAGAAUUUACGAGGCCGCGGAGCUAACCGUACGAGAGCCGUGCCAUCAAUUUUUAUCACACUCACUUCCGAAUUAAGCUUAAACACGAUAUUUCUUUUUGAGCAUACGACCGGCGGAUUUAUCGGACGAUUACAUGGAAAUCCCAUAACUCGCGUUACCAGCUGCCGCGUAUCCCUCACAUCCGCACAUCGAACGGGAUCGCCAUUACUUUUUCAAUAUCUCGCCGUUUAUUGAAGGAUUAUUAUCAGCGCUCGUCUCCGGAUAUGUUUCUCGAUCCAUCACUCGUUUCGUAUCUCGAGACGAGACGGCGACCCGAUGCUUGAGUUUCCGUCAACCCCUUGUCGCUCCGGAAUUUAUUGCUUAAUCACGUUCGCUCGCCUAAUUAAAUUUUGACGUCCCGAAAUUUCGCUUAAUAAACGUGACUUACGGAUAAUUUUAUCCGAAAUCGUUUGAAAUAUUCGAGAUUUUCGCGUAUUUUCGAUCUUCAAUAACGUUGGAGAUGAUCCGAGAGAUUUUCGUCACGUAUCUGACACGAUUCAACCCUUUCGAAGUAAUUCAAAUCUCAUCAGCCCAUCAAUAAUUAAUUAAUGUAUCGAUAAAGAUAAAAACGCUAGGUGAGGAAGGUAUAAAAUUAUGAGCAUUUACUGUGAAAGAGAAAAAUAUCCUGUAUAUAUCUUGACUUGGAGUUGAGGCAAGAUAUUCGUGAUAUCGAUCGUGAAAAACUGCCCGCAAUCGUCGCAGAUUCGCGCGAAUUAAUUUACGCGUAAAGGGGGAUAUAUAUUAGAGAGCUCGUUAUUAAAUUAUUAUAUUACUCGAUGCCCCACACACACACAUACACAGUCGCGCGGAACCGCGCGAUGUUAUGUUUAAAAUGCUCUAGAGCCUUUAUUUAUUGUACAGAACGCUGGAUAUUACACGUAUAAAUAAUACAUACCAUAUGAUCGAUAGUACCUAAUACGAUGUAAUCGUAUGCUUAUUAUGUGUAUAAAUAUGAAACAAUAAAAGAAUUACUUGGACGUUUCA